CUAGUUCUUUUAGGUGUAGGGUUAGAUUGUUCAUUUGAGAUUUUUCUUUCUUUUUGAGGCAGGCCUGUAAUGCUAAGAACUUCUCUCUCAGAACAGCUUUCACUGUAUCCCAUAGAUUUUGGGUUGUUGUGUGUUCAUUUUUAUUUAUUUCCAGGUAUUGCCCUAUCUUCUAAAGGGCUGACUUGUUAUUUUGGAUUUGGCGAAUUGGGGUUAGAGAGGAGAAGGCAAUGAGUUAGGGAGAAGUGCCUGAGAAUUCCAGGUCUUCCCUCCCCUAGCCAUCUCUCAGGGGAUUCUUCUCAAGUGCCACGGAAUAUUCCCAUAGUCCUUGAGGAUUGCCACCAUGGAGACUGGGAGUUGGGUUCUAUUGCUCUGGUGACCAAUUGUGUGGGGCCUCUGUAUUGGAACUGCCAGGGUUCUGGGAAGAGGCAGACCUGGGAAGCUCAGGCUUAGAGGAAGCCUUGGGGCAAAAGCAGGAGAGAGCUUAGGAGUGGAGUCAUAGUCUUGGUUCUACUUUCAUCUCAGUGAUGUCCACCCUUUCAGUGUUCUUGGAUGUGCCCGUAGCCCAGAAGCUAGAAGGCAGCUUGUUAAAGACCUACAAACAAGACAAUUGCUCUAAGAAGAUGUUCCUGGCCUAUAAAGUCUGCAUGACCCAGGAAGGACAACCCUGGGUUUCUUUCGUGGUGCACAAAAUCCGACGGCAGAUCGCACAGGAUCCCUCCCUGAACUAUGAGUAUCUACCAGUGAUGGGCAUGAAGUCAUUCAUCCAGGCCUCGUUGGGACUUCUCUUUGGAAAGCACAGCCAAGUCAUCGUGGAGAACAGGGCAGGGGGUGUGCACACUGUUGGUGACAGUGGUGCCUUCCAACUUGGGGCCCAGUUCCUCAAAACUUGGCGUGGGGAUUCUCAAAUAGUCUACGUCAUUUCUUCUCAAGUAGAACAACAUGGACUCAUCUUCCAGGACAUGGGCUUUAUAGUUUUUGAAUUCUCCUUCUGGGACUCUGAGCAGCUGUGCAUGGACCCCAAUAUACUCUUCAAUUUGUUGAAGGGGGCCCCAGAUGGCUGUAUCUUUGUGAUCGGGAACAUUGACUACUGCAAGUUGACACAAUGUCAGUGGACAAAGUUGAUGGCCACCAUGAAGAAAAAGCGGAUAUUCCCAUUUUUUGACAUUCCCUAUCAAGGUUUAUCUACCGGUGACCUGGAAGAAGAUACUAGAUUCUUACAAUACUUCGUGUCUGAAGGCUUUGAAUUCUUCUGCAGCCAGUCUCUGUCCAAGAGUUUUGGCAUUUAUGAUGAAGGAGUGGGGAUCCUAGCCGUGGUGGCACUCAACAACCAGCUCCUGCUGUGUGUCCUCUCCCAGCUGAUGAACUUCGCCCUGGCCCUGUGGCUAAACCCUCCGACCUCGGGUGCUCGCAUUAUCACCUCCAUCCUCUGUAACCCUGCUCUGUAUGAAACAUGGAAGCUGAGUCUGAAAGAGGUUGCAGAAAACAUUAUGCUCAUCAAAGAAAAGUUUAAAGAGAAGCUCCGGCUCCUGGGAACCCCUGGCUCCUGGGAUCACAUCACUAAUCAGAAUGGGACCCAUGGCUAUCUUGGACUCAACUGACUGCGUGGCUGCAGAGCGGCCAGGUUGUGCAGCCCGGGCUCCAGCCCUGACCCUGAGUCUCAACUUCUGCGGGUGGCAGUCAGGUUUCUCCCUGUCAUUGCUGACGGCCGCCGCCGUCUCGGACCGGCCGGCCCAGGCUUCUUCAAGCGUCCGCUGUCUGUGCGCUGGGGAGGAGGACGCCGAGGAGCGAGGAUUCCAAAAUGCAGUAACGGAUGCCCCGCUUCCCGCCGCGACCUGCCGCUGGGAUCUCGGUCGCUGAGUUGCAUCUGCCUCUGAAGGUGCCUGUGAACUCCGCGGUUCUCCGCACGCGGGCGCGCUGAGAUGCCAAAGGCUUCCAGAGGAUCCCAGGGGCGCGCGUCCCCGCGUCUACCCGAGGGGGCUGUAGUGUGUGGGUGCGCGCUUUGCUGUGCGUUUCUUGGGCUGCAUUCUCCCCCUUUCCAUCGGCUGUGGGUCCCACAGGACCUGGUAGUAAAUGAACAGGAAAUGGGGGUUAGCUAGGCCUGCCCUGGUGGGCAAGUGGCUGGGCAGGCACGGGGCACCAGGGCGCUUCUUCCAGGAGAACCCCUUUCUCUGCUCCUCACAGGCAGGGAUGGCUUCAGGAUCGGCCUCAAAUGCGGGGUGUGUGCAGGAAGGGAGGGUGGGGUGAGUGGAAAUCCCAGGGUCGGGAGGACGCCCCAGCUUCGUCAGAGGAAAGUCAAGCAAGAAUGGUAUCCUGUGGCGGGCCAAGCGCCGUGGUCUCCCGAACAGAGCGGGUCGCGGGGACCAGCGUCUCGCUUCAGACCAGCCGGGGUUAUGGGGCCAAGGACCAGCCCGCCCCGUCGGUGGAAGCCCAGAGGUGAGAUAAAGGCUUUCCCUACCCAGGCAUGGAUGGGCCUGGGGCCCGGGGCUAGGGCUGCAGCUCCCUGCCCGGGACAAAGAAAGCAGAGCUAACGGCGCAGUCCCCAGUCUGACCCGCUGUGGGACCGGGUAGGGGAGCGAGUGGGUGGAGGGGGACUUGGAACCGCUCUUGAGCGCCCCCAGCGGGCCUUCGCUUUUUCUGGCGGUUUCCGUCCAGUCCUGACUCUAGGGCAAGCAUGUCAAACCCAAAGGCUAAA